GUGAAAUGGCCACCUUUAUCAGAUGCGUCGAAUUUGGGGUGUUUCAAUGACCAUUGGAUGGCCCUCCUGACUUUUUUUAUCAGAUGUUUUGUAAAUGUUUACAAGCGGCGCGCUUCCGGGAGUUGGGGGAGCCCAUGUUUAGCCUACUUCAAUGAAGAUUGUGUGAUUCUCGUCACCCUUGUGUGGGCGCUGAUGGCCAAAGAUUUGUUCGUGGGGGGUUGCAGUGUGCCUUUUUUGCGGAAAACCUGUAUGAUUCAAGGUAUCUUGUCCAUCCCUAAUGCUUCUGAUAUUUCUCUCCGAAAGUCUAUUGAUAGAGCUUUGAUUUUUCAAAGGUGAGAUCUCCGGAUGUAAAGUUGCUCAUUGUUGGUGCAAAAUGCCAACCUACCCAUGACUUUUUGUGACAGGCUUGCUGCACGUUAUCAGAUCAUCUUCGGUCCGUAGGAGAGUACU